UCAUUGCUUCAACCCUAUAGUUUUGCGUUCUCUCUUCCUUCAUCACUGGAAAAGGAAAAAAAAAAAAAAGCUUCCAUUUCCCCGCUGUAUCCCUCACAUUUCAUCAUAUUCUCACUUGGAGGCUUAUUUCUAUUUGCAGCUUUUAGUGUAUGCAUUCUGCACACACUUAAAUAUUGCACAAAGAUAGUGUAUCACUUGGGCUUUUUGUAUUCUGCACUAUUCUAAAUUGGUAAGAACUUUACAUAUUUGAAGCUCAGAUAAGCAAAAAAUGUGUCCCUUUUCUCAUUUCAAGCUAUCUUCAGCUCAAAUUUGGAAACUUUCUUGUUCAUAUUUCGAGCUACAAUUUGAGGGUUUUGAUAAUUAUUUAUUCUAGUUAAAUACCCAGAAAAGUUUAGUGGGCUUGAUCACUUGAUUGUUUCUUAGAGUGUUUAGAGAUAUAAUAUUAUCUGGGGUAGUUACUUUCUUGAAAAUAAUAGUUUUGUUAUAUUUUAUUCUGGGAAAUGUUAGUUUGAUAUUUUGGAAAGUUGGGUUCUUUUUAGAUUCCUCAUUGUGAGAGGAUGACUGUAGAAAAAAAUAUACUGAUUCCUUACAAAAUGCCACUUGAUAUUUUGAUAUUGUACUGUGAAUUUAUGCAUUAAUAGUGAAAAAGCUUAGUUUUUUCGUGAUAUAUAUAAAAUUCGAUAUUUGCUGAGGAUUGGCAUGGAGGUUUUGUCACCAUUUUCCUACUUAUCAAGCUCAAGUUGGUUACUUGAAGAAAGUAAAAGCACUAGAUGGACAGCGGAAGAGAACAAGUUGUUUGAGAAUGCUCUGGCUAAGUUCGAUAAGGAUACUCCGGACAGAUGGCAGAAAGUUGCAGCUAUGGUUCCGGGGAAAACUGUGGCUGAUGUAAAUAGACAAUAUAAAGUACUGGAAGAUGAUGUGAGUAGUAUUGAAGCAGGGUUGUUUCCGAUUCCUGGUUAUAGUCAAUCUACUUUUACAUUAGAAUGGGGAAAUAGUACUCUUGGUUUCGAUGGAUUCAAGGCUUCAUUUGGUGCUAAUGGAAAUAGAUCUUCCGGGAAUAAACUGUCUGAUCAAGAAAGGAAGAAGGGUGUCCCAUGGACGGAAGAAGAGCAUAAGCUGUUUCUUUUGGGGCUUAAGAAGUAUGGGAAAGGGGACUGGAGAAAUAUUUCGCGUAACUAUGUGAUUAGUAGAACACCAACACAGGUUGCUAGCCAUGCUCAGAAGUACUUCAUCAGGCAACACUCGGGUGGGAAAGAUAAAAGAAGAGCAAGUAUUCAUGAUAUAACAAUGGUCAAUCUCAAUGGCAAUCAAAGUCUGUCGCCAGAUAACAAAAGACCAUUGAUGGACCCAUAUAAGCCGCUUUGUCAGCACGAGAAUUCCACUCAGAUGCCUGGAACACCUUACCAGUGGAACCAACCAAACAAUGGAGCAGCAGCCAUGGCUUUUAACCCCACAAAUGAAAGAAUGUUCAUGUCUUCUUACAGGUUAAACUCACAUGGAGUCAAAGUGGAGGAUCAUAAUUUUCAGACAGAAAGUGAUUAUGAAUCUUACUUGGGGUCUCAAGAUAUGGUUUUCCAGGUGCAAUCAGGGCUGCAAUAUCGUCACGGUUAAAAUGUUCUGUGAACCUUAUCAUUGGUUCGAGAGGGUUUCUCUCUGCUAAGUGCCAUAGCGUAGGAUUGCUAUUUUUGUGCUUUUGUGGGUGUUUCUUGUGAAUAUGUUAUCUUGGCACUUGAGUUAUAGUUACUUGAGGGGGAACAGAUCUCAAAUUGCUUGUAACUUUUAAAUGCAAAAAUGACAAAAGAUCAUACUCUGUGCAGCACUUUCCAGUUUUUCUGCUACCAAGUUUCAAUCUUCAGAGCAAUCUACAUUUGAACAUACUGGUGUAUGUUAGAAAGAUGUUAUACAGGAUUCUUCAUUUUUGAUCUUGAGCUGACAAGUUAUUAACUCCCGCAGUCUAUUUUACGCCAAGAUUAAAAAAGGAGAAAGGAACUUCACGGAAAUCCCUAGUCUGCAGCAUCUGGAUUGAGAGCAUCAAGAUAAGUGACUUUCAAGUUUUCAAUCAUCAGUUGGAAAAUCUCGUGUUUUCGAUUCAAGGCAUAUACACAGACACAGUUAUACAACUGAUGAUGAGCAUGUACACACUUUACACUGUAAUAUAUCACUAUAUACAAUAAAUGAUUAUGCUCACUUGUGGUAUCUUGAACAUCAAAUUCUUUUAUAUUUGCAGAGAUUUAUUUUCCUCUUU